AUGCCGUCUUUGCUAUCUGCUCACAACUUUUGUGUGUCACCUAGAGAAAUAGUCUACGCCUUGGAGAAGCUCGGAACAAAGGUAAAGUGGCCACAAAAGUUAAGGUUAGAUCUGAAUACCAGAAAAUCGGAUACCCUUUGCGAGUUCCAUCAAGAACCAGGGCACAAAACCGAAGAUUGCAUCACCCUAAGGCAGGAGGUCGUAAACAUGUUUCGACAGGGACACCUCAAAGAGUUGUUGAGCGACCGAGGAAGGACCAACUUUGGCAGAGGGAGCGAACAACAUCAAGGGCCGCCGAACCUGCCCUCACCAACCCCCACCGUCCACAUGAUCAUCGGCGGUGGCGAAGAUGCUUCUAUCAACAGCGUAAAUUUAACCACUACCCACAAGCUUAAACAGUCGAUCACCUACGAAUGGUACGACGAACUCGAAGAAAGUAUCAUCUUUGAUAAGUCAGACACUAAUAGUUUGGUUUUCCCUCACUAUCAUGCCCUUGUUAUUACUUUACAAAUUUUAGAUACCUAUGUGAGACACAUUAUAGUAGACGAUGAAAGUGGCGCGUGCAUUAUCCAUCCUCGAGUACUUGCACAAAUGAAACUCGAAAAUAAGAUAAUAUCGUGUUAUAUCAUGCUAUCUGGUUUUGACAAUGCAGUUGAGCGAACUUCAGGGGAAAUCACGCUUGGUGGCGUCACUUUAGAAACCACAUUCCACAUCAUGGACCAAGACACAACGUACAACGCCAUAAUAGGGUGA